AUCUGGGGUUAAGGUGUCGCACAGUGUAGAUAAUCUUGUUGAUCUCGCCAUAUCUGCUCAAUCUACACUGCAGUCUUGCAGUCUGUUUUUAACGAUAGAACAAUAUUCUGAAUUACUUAAUUAUAAUUACUAUAUUUUGAAUUAAUAAACAGGUCGUGUUUAUUGAUCUGAGUAUGUGUUGGGUAGCGAUUAAUAGCGGGCGAGGCGAUGUGCGAUUUGGGAUGAGGAGGAUGUUAUGAUGAUGAUGCUAGUUCAGGAACGAAGAACGACAACGACCUGCUUGUGGAUGACGAGUCUGUAUGUUUGAGACGAAAUGGGGGCAGACGCCAGUAAAACCAACAAGCGAUCCCCAUCAGGGUCAGAGGUGGGAGAAGAGGAACUGUGUCCUUCAGGGUGGAAAGGUCUCCUGUCCUCCGUCAGUCUCUCCAUCCCCGCCAGCCUCUGUCGCCUGGCCCCUCCCACCCUGCGACGCGGCCAGCGGAGGAUGAUUGAAGAAAAGGCCCCUCCCUUCCCGGACCAGGUGUUGUUGGGGGGUGGGCCUGAUAGGCUGAGGGCAGAGUGGACUCUGCCCGGCUUCAUAUCAGUGUUCCUCCCGGAGUUCCCCCACAGAGCACUGCCAGCACCACAACGCUUCCAGGUGUUGGGUUAUAUUGCUAAAGGGUCCUUCGGUCCCAUUCUGAAGGUCAAGGACAACACCAGGCAAAAAACCUACGCUGUCAAGGUCAUUCCUAAGUCAGAGAUCUUGCGACUGGGUGUUUUGGAACAGUCUAAAGAAGAGGUUAUAGUACAGCGUCAGGUGCGUCACCCGUUCGUCCAUGACCUUGAGGACUGCUGGCAGACACAGAGACACCUGUAUAUUAUGUGUGAUUUCUGCAGUACAGGGGACCUCUAUACUUAUUGGGUGAUGAUUGGCCAGUUCAAUGAGGAUGCUGUCAGGGUGUUUGCUGCAGAGCUGGGCUGUGCUCUCGGGUUCCUCCAUGACUUUGGGAUCAUCCACAGAGAUGUAAAGAUGGAGAAUGUUCUGCUCACAGACCAAGGGCACCUCCGUCUGGCUGACUUUGGUUUGUCCCGCCGUCUGGAGCGUGGAGGAAGAGCCUUCACCAUCUGUGGAACCAUUCAGUACAUGGCUCCUGAGGUUCUGAGUGGGGGGCCAUACAGCCAUGCAGCUGAUUGGUGGUCGUUAGGAAUCCUCCUCUUCUCAUUGGUCACUGGGAAGUUCCCAGUUUCUCCUGAGCCUGACCAUUGCAGUAUGUUGAGGAAAGUCCGGUGUUUUCCCUAUGACAUACCUCACAGCAUCAGCCCCCCACUAGCUCUGCUAAUCACUGAGCUGCUGUGUAAAACACCAACCCGACGGCUCCGGACCCUGGAGCGCUACAAACGUCAGACCUUCUUCCGAGGCAUGACCUUUGACCUGGCAUUGCUACAACGACGACCCGUGGAGGUUAUUUUGGCAUUGCGGGAGCGACCAGACCGGGCGGCCAAGGCGAGACGAGGACUGACCCUUUCCUUACAACCACUGAAAGAGUUUGACUAUGAUGCUCUUCUUAGUCCUGCAGCAACGCCUGACACACUCCUGGAACAAGAGACACACACACUCCUGGAACAAGAGACACACACAGACCUGGAACAGGAGACACACACAGACCUGGAACAAAUUCACCCUGCUGCCACUUUCAGCAGUUACAUCAUCAAUGAAGACAAGUGA